CGUUGAUUCGUUUUAUAUAUCUGGCUCAAGUGUGCUUUUUUGACUGGUGACUAUUUGUGCUGUAUGAAUUAUGGCUUAUACUUUAUGCUCCUUCCGUUCGGACUGCAACUGAGAAUCUAUUUCGUUUAUGUGGCAUCAACUGCUCCCUCAAGGGCUGCUUCGUCAAAUGGUUUUACUACAGUGCAGCUGUGCUCUAAUUCUCUGUUGGGGAAAAUAGCCAGAUCAAGUACUGUGUCGACCGCUAACCAUAUUUUUUCGAUUGUUACUAAC